CAGACUGGAGAGAACAGAGCAUUUAACACAACAAUCUUCAACAAUCGAACCGAGAGAGGAAAUAUGCUGCGCUUCCUGUUCGUCCUCAUGUGCCUUUUGCACACAAUGCUGGGUGUUAUGGGAGCUGUCACCCCAAAGCCAAUUCUUGUCAAUGGUACCUACAUAAACCCAGAAUUAGGCAAGUAUCAUGCUAGGUUGAGAAGCAUCGCUCGGAGCUGCCUGGAAAUUAAAGAAAAACAUGGUGCAACACAGGAUGGCAUGUACAUCCUGACAACAGAGAGCGGCUCAUAUUACCAGACUUUCUGUGACAUGACCACAGCCGGAGGUGGAUGGACUCUUGUGGCCAGCGUCCAUGAGAACAACAUCAAUGGGAAAUGCUCUUUCGGCGAUCGCUGGUCAUCCCAGCAGGGAAAUGACCAAAGCCUGCCUGAAGGAGAAGCAUCAUGGGCAAACACUGCUACAUUUGGCACUGCAGAGGGCUCUACCAGUGACGACUACAAGAAUCCUGGAUAUUAUGACAUUUCUGCACAAGACGUGUCAGUGUGGCACGUUCCCAAUAAUGAGCAAUUGAAAAAGUGGACUUCUUCUGCCAUCCUGCGCUACCAUACUGAAAGCCAGUUCCUGAAGGAGCAUGGGGGAAACCUUUACCACGUAUUCAAGAAAUACCCUGUGCGGUUUGGAGCAGGACAGUGUAAGAGUGAUAUGGGACCCAGCAGUACAGUGGUGUAUGAUACCGGAGACAAAGAUUCCACUUCAAACCUAUAUGGACCAUCUGUUAGAGAUGAGUUUGAAUCCGGCUUUAUCACGUUCAGAGUGUUUAACACUGAUCACUCAGCCAUGGCUAUGUGCUCUGGAGUUAAACCUUCUGGAUGCAACACUCAACAUUAUUGUAUUGGCGGAGGAGGGUUUUUCGCACAGCCUGAGCAGUGUGGAGACUUCACAGCACUGGACCUAAAAGAAACAUUCAAACAACCCACUGAGUCAGCUGUACUUCUCUUCUACCGUUAAGAGUCCUAUUCAUUAUACAUAAACAUCAUGUGAAUCAGUGUUGUUAAAACAUCAAAUCCUUGAUCUGAACUGUACAUGUGCAGAGUUGUGAAAACUGUGGUUCUGUUUUAUGGACGAAUGUUGAUAUCAAUAAAUUUAUUAAAUACAA